AUGCAGAGCCCCGACACGACUUUUGACCUCAUUGGGCUUGGCUUCGGUCCCGCCAAUAUUGCGAUUGGCGGAGCUCUAGUAGAGAGCUGGGCUGUCCAUUGGGAUUCUAGUCAUCAAGACUAUCCUAUCAAAAAGGUGCUCUUCCUCGAGAGGAAUAUAAAGUUUCAAUGGCACCCUGGAAUGCUCCUUCCAGAUGCUCGUAUGCAGAUCAGCUUCAUGAAAGAUCUCGCUACUUUGCGUUCGCCGCAAUCUCCUAUCACUUUCCUAUCAUACCUUCACAGCCAGAACCGUCUGAUCAAAUUUAUUAAUCGAGGCUCUACUAUCCCCACACGAAGGGAAUAUGCAGAUUAUCUGUCAUGGGCUGCCCGCUACGUCCAAGAUCAUGGUAUCCCCGUCUUGUUUGGUACAGAGGUGGUCGGCGUCGAUUCUACUUCUGAUGGUCUUCUUGUUAUUCACACCAAAAGUGUCGCCAAUGACGAUGUCGCAUCGUAUACAACUCGCAACCUGAUAAUCUCACCUGGUGGAACCGGUCGCAUCCCAGCACCUCUCGCCCCACUCAUUGAACACCCUCUAAUUAUCCAUAGCUCGACUUAUUUGAUGUCUGUUGACUCUAUUAUCGCCUCCGUUGCUGCAAAGGGCAAAGCAAGUCUUCGUAUCGCUGUCAUCGGCGCGGGCCAAUCCGCCGGCGAGAUAACUCUCAACUUACGGGAGAGACUGAGGAGCAUCCCUGUACCGGCUGGGAGACACCAGAUUGAUAUGAUCAUCCGCAAGGGCGCCUUGAGGCCCAGCGAUGAUACCCCGUUCGCUAACGAAAUUUUUGACCCACAGGCUACUGACGCAUGGUUUUCUCACCCAUCGACCGCAGCUCGUGCUACACAGCUUCAAGAAUUCAGGAGCACGAAUUACAGCGUGAUCAAUUCUCUCACCCUAGAUGCACUUUACGAAGUCAUCUAUAGUCAAAAGGUGGACAGUGACAUCGCGCGCAGAACCAACGGUCCAUCUUCUUCUAUCCCUUUGGUUCACAUUCGACCCUAUUCCUGCAUCGUUGCUGCCCAUGCACCCGAAGUCGAUGGUGACCCGGAUUUCACGUUCACCAUCCAACAUGUUCUUUCUCGUGAGUUGGAGACGGAGAAGUAUGACGCGGUCAUCUGCGCUACAGGCUACCAACGAACGUCCUGGAUAAAUCUGUUAAAAAAUUCCAGCGUAGGCAAGCACUUUGGCUUGUCCUCUGCAUGCCAACCAGGUACUUGUCGCCUCAUUCCGGAUACCAAGAGGUCGCUCCAGGACAGUGAGUUGGAUUCUCUUCUGCAUGGUGGUGGAAGAUCGGCCGAGUCAUCCAAUGGAAGUGCUGUGAGCACCCCACCUACGUCACCAACUCUCUCUGUGACCGAAUUGGACCGUCAUGAUGACCACAAAAUCUAUAUCAGCAGAGGAUACCGCCUUAUACCUACCAAUGAUGGAGGCCUGAAAUCCAGGAUUUAUCUGCAGGGCGUUGAAGAAGCCACUCACGGAUUGAGCGAUUCUCUCCUCAGUGUCUUGGGGGUUCGUGCCGGAGAAGUUCUGGAUGAUCUUUGCAAGGAGGUCCGAUUAUGA